CGUCAAAGUUGUUCUUUUAGGUUAUGUCAAUGGCUUAGAAGUGUGUGUUGCUUUAUAUUCUAUAAAUUGAAAAAUUUUAAAUUUUGAACGGUUAGAUUUGAGAUAUUCAAGAUGCCACCCAAAGCAAAACCUGGAGCCCCCAGCAAAAAAACCGAGACAAAAAAAAAAGAGAAAGUUAUAGAAGAUAAAACAUUUGGUUUGAAAAACAAAAAAGGAGCUAAACAGCAAAAGUUCAUAGCACAAGUUGAAAAACAAGUAAAAUCAGGAGGUAUUCAUCCUAAUAAAGAUAUGGAUCCAAAAAAAUUAGAAAAAGAAAAGAAACUGAAGGAACAAAAAGAACUAGCCAUGCUAUUCAAGCCUGUGCAAACACAAAAAGUUGAAAAAGGUGCUGAUCCUAAGUCAGUGGUAUGUGCUUUCUUCAAACAAGGACAAUGUGGAAAAGGUGAUAAGUGUAAAUUCUCUCAUGAUUUGACUAUUGAGAGAAAAGCUGAAAAACGUUCUCUUUAUGUGGAUAUGAGGGAUGAUGAUGAUGAAGAUACAAUGGAGAAUUGGGAUGUUGAUAAAUUGAGAGAAGUCAUUGAAAAGAAACAUGGUAAAGCUGGUGGUAAAAUGCCAACAACUGAUAUUAUUUGCAAACAUUUCAUAGAUGCUGUAGAAAAAUCUAAAUAUGGUUGGUUUUGGUCUUGUCCCUCUGGUGAAAGUUGCAUCUACCGGCAUGCCCUUCCUCCUGGUUUCACUUUGAAAAAAGAUAAGAAGAAGGAUGAAAAGAAAAAUGAAAUCACCCUAGAAGAACUAAUUGAGAGGGAACGAGCAGCUCUUGGUCCUAAUCAAACUAAGGUGACAUUAGAAUCGUUUCUUGCUUGGAAAAAAAGGAAAAUACAGGAGAAAAAGGAUAAUCUUAAAAAGGAACAAGAGAAAAAACGUAGUGACUACAAAGCAGGCAGACAAGUUGGUCUUUCUGGAAGAGAAAUGUUUAGUUUCAACCCUGAAAUGGCUGCGGAGAAUGAUAUGGAAGAUGGAGAUGAAGCAUUUGAUUCUUACACCAGGGAAGAAGAUGAAGAUGAAAUAGAAUACAAAGAAAUUGAUUUCAAUUUGCUGCAACAUGAAGCACAAGAGGUUGAUGGUAGUGGAACAAUUGCUACCGAAGAUCGACUGAAACAAUCCAAUGAGAAUGAAAACUCGGCUGUUACUACUACAUUUUCUAAUAAUGCAGAAGCUGUACCUAUUAAUGAAAAUUUGUUCCUUGAGGAAGACCUAGAUGCUUUAGAUGAAGAGUUGAAAGAUCUAGAUAUAGAUGAAUAAAGUUAGGAGCUUGAAAAGCUUCUUCGGAUAUUGUUUUAUCAGAAGCUCUUUAUUGUAUUUGUAAAUACCAUCAUCAUUAUUUUGAAAUUUUUUGCCAAAUUUAUUGUCAAUUAGUAAACCAUUACUAUUUAA